AUGGGAGACGACAUUGAAAACGAAAUCAAAGCUGCGCAAGCAAAGCGCACUCAAAUCACAGACAAAGACAUUAGCAAAGCAGUGCUCGACAAUGAAAAUCACGCCAGUUUGACUGGACUCUCCUACGACACAGACUUGUAUACGACUGAUAAAUUUGCAGGCUACUCGACAUCUUUGGCUGCUGAUGACGAGGAAGACGACGAUGAUGAAGUGUAUCAAGAGACCAAACGCAAACUGAAUUCCUACACAGCAUCCAAAGACAUCCUGAACGAAGCGAGAGAGGGAUCGGAUGCGCAUGACCCGUUUGCAGAUACGAUGCGUGAACGCACCAUUGCUGGCAGACAAGAUGAAUAUCAACAACGCAGAUUCAACCGCAUGUUGUCGCCCAGUAGAAAAGAUGCCUUUAGCCAAGAUCAAUCAGACGCAGGAGAAUCCAGAUCCUAUUCAGAAGUUGCCCGUGAAGCCGAAUUAGAACGAGAGGAGCAGAGAGUGUUGGCGAUUAUUGCACAAAAGAAAAAGGAAGAAGCUGAGACGGGUGUCAGUGCUCGAGUACAGCAACCGGCAUCUGUAGAAGACACACCAACCGCUACUCGCAAGAAGAGAAGAUGGGAUGUCGCUACACCUGUCAGUCAAAAUGUGGAUGCAACACCUGUAGGCACUGCCAAACGAUCUCGUUGGGAUGCCACGCCUGUGCGUAGUAAUGACCCUGAUGCUACACCUGUGCGAUCUUCAGAAUGGGAUGUCGAUGCUACACCUCGCGGCACAGCUAAGCGAUCUCGUUGGGAUGCGACUCCUGUUGCUGGUGCUGCUGGUAGUGAUUUGACCAUGGCCACACCUGUAGGCGGUAUGGGCAUGAUGACACCUACACCCGGUCAAGUGUCGCAAAUGACAGCUGAGGCUACCAAUGCCUUGCGUUGGGAGCGUGAACUGGACAGUCGUAACAGACCCCUCUCUGAUGAAGAACUGGAUGCCAUGUUCCCCACCACUGGCUACAAGGUUCUGGACCCUCCUGCUGGCUAUGAGCCUAUUCGUACACCUGCUCGCAAACUGACAGCAACGCCCACACCUAUGGGCGAUAAUGGCUUUGUGAUGCACGAUGAACAACGUCAAGUGGUUGCCUUGGAUUUGCCUCAAGAGAUCCCUGGUGUCGGUGCAUUGCCAUUUUUCAAAGAAGAAGAUAUGCAACAUUUCGGUAAACUGCUGGACGAGAAGGAUGAAGGCGCCAUGUCCAUGGACGAACUCAAGGAACGCAAAAUCAUGCGUUUGCUGCUCAAGAUCAAGAAUGGUACACCUCCUAUGCGUAAAGGUGCUUUGCGUCACAUUACAGACAAGGCUCGCGAUUUUGGACCUGGCCCUCUGUUCAACCAAAUUUUGCCCUUGCUCAUGUCGCCUACCUUGGAGGAUCAAGAGCGCCAUCUCUUGGUCAAGGUCAUUGACCGUAUCUUGUACAAGCUGGAUGAUUUGGUGCGUCCCUUUGUUCAUAAGAUUUUGGUAGUCAUUGAGCCUCUUUUGAUUGAUGAAGACUACUAUGCUCGAGUGGAAGGUCGUGAAAUCAUCUCCAACCUGUCCAAGGCUGCUGGUCUUCCCACCAUGAUCACCACGAUGCGUCCUGACAUUGAUCACCCCGAUGAAUAUGUGCGUAACACCACUGCGCGUGCCUUUUCUGUCGUUGCCUCAGCGCUUGGUAUUCCUGCUUUGUUGCCCUUCUUGAAGGCUGUCUGUCGCUCCAAAAAGUCGUGGCAAGCACGCCAUACCGGUAUCAAGAUUGUGCAGCAAAUUGCCAUCCUGUUGGGCUGUGCUGUCUUGCCUCAUUUGAAGAAUUUGGUUGAAGCCAUUGGCCAUGGUCUUGAAGACGAGCAGCAAAAGGUACGCACCAUCACUGCCCUGGCUAUUGCUGCCUUGGCUGAAGCUGCUGCCCCUUAUGGUAUCGAGUCCUUUGACUCUGUGCUCAAGCCCUUGUGGACUGGUAUCCGUAAGCACCGUGGUAAGGGUCUCGCUGCCUUCUUGAAGGCCAUUGGUUAUAUCAUCCCCCUGAUGGACGACGAGUAUGCCAACUACUACACCAAGGAAGUGAUGGUCAUCUUGAUCCGUGAAUUCCAGUCCCCCGACGAAGAGAUGAAGAAGAUUGUGCUCAAGGUAGUCAAGCAGUGCGCUGCUACAGACGGUGUCAUGCCUGCUUACAUCAAGGAAGAGAUUCUGCCUGAAUUCUUCAAGCACUUUUGGGUGCGUCGUAUGGCCCUUGACCGUCGUAACUACAAGCAAGUGGUCGAAACCACUGUGGAAUUGGCCAACAAGGUCGGCGUCGCUGAGAUUACCAGUCGUAUUGUCAAUGAUCUCAAGGAUGAAAGUGAGCCUUACCGUAAGAUGGUGAUGGAGACAAUUGAAAAGGUGGUCUCCAACUUGGGUGCUGCUGACAUUGAUCCCCGUUUGGAAGAACUAUUGAUUGAUGGCAUCCUGUACGCUUUCCAAGAGCAAACCGUGGAAGAUGUGGUCAUGCUGAAUGGUUUCGGCACUGUCGUCAAUGCAUUGGGUAUGCGUAUCAAGCCUUAUCUCCAGCAAAUUUGUUACACUAUCUUAUGGCGUCUCAACAACAAGUCGGCCAAGGUGCGUCAGCAAGCCGCUGAUCUGAUCUCUCGCAUUGCUGUUGUCAUGAAGAGCUGUGGCGAGGAGAGUUUGAUGAGCCAACUCGGUCAAAUUCUGUACGAAUACUUGGGCGAGGAAUACCCCGAGGUCUUGGGGUCCAUCUUGGGCGCACUCAAAUCCAUUGUCAAUGUCAUUGGUAUGGCCAGCAUGACACCCCCCAUCAAAGACCUGCUUCCUCGUCUGACACCCAUUCUACGUAAUCGUCAUGAAAAGGUGCAAGAAAACUGCAUUGAUCUGGUGGGCCGUAUUGCGGACCGUGGUGCUGAAUACGUCUCUGCGCGUGAAUGGAUGCGUGUUUGUUUCGAGUUGCUGGAUCUGCUCAAGGCGCACAAGAAGGGCAUUCGUCGUGCAUCUGUCAACACAUUUGGUUACAUUGCCAAGGCCAUUGGUCCUCAAGAUGUGCUGGCUACACUGCUCAACAAUCUCAAGGUGCAGGAGCGUCAGAACCGUGUGUGUACUACUGUGGCUAUUGCUAUUGUCGCAGAGACCUGUGCUCCUUUCACUGUGUUGCCUGCCCUUAUGAACGAAUACAGAGUGCCUGAAUUGAACGUACAAAACGGUGUGUUGAAAUCACUGUCUUUUAUCUUUGAGUAUGUGGGUGAAAUGGGCAAGGACUACAUCAAUGCCGUGGCACCCCUCUUGGAAGACGCUUUGAUGGAUCGUGAUCUUGUGCACAGACAGACAGCAUGUACAACGAUCAAACACAUGGCAUUGGGUGUAGUUGGCUUGGGAUGUGAGGAUCCUUUGCGCCAUUUACUCAACUACAUUUGGCCCAACAUCUUUGAGACAAGUCCUCAUGUUAUCAAUGCCGUGAUGGAAGCCAUCGAAGGUCUCCGUGUAGCAUUGGGUGCAGCUACCAUUCUCCAAUACACUGUGCAGGGUCUGUUCCAUCCAGCAAGAAAGGUGCGUGAAGUAUACUGGAAGAUUUACAAUACUUUGUACAUUGGUAGUCAAGAUGCUCUGGUUCCCUUUUACCCAAGACUGGAGGACGAUGAGCGAAACAAGUAUCAACGCACAGAAUUGGAUUACGUUCUCUAA